AUGUCUUUUGACAAUUUUGCAAAUCGAUGGACAAGAACAAAACGCUUAAGAAGAAGUUUGGAAUUGAAACUGAAACAACUCUCAAGUGUCAAUACCAAGCCACCACAAAUCUCAAGGCGAUUAUCAGGAACCAAACAACUUUUUAACGCAAAAAUAUCGUUUGUGGUCUCAAAACAGCCACCACACAUAAGCAAUUAUGUAUCUACGUGCACACAUGUCGACAACUUUAUGGAUUGA